AAUCUAAAAAUAGAUCAAUCACAUUAAAGGUAAAAUACCAUUCGUGAGUCUUUAGUAUUUAGCUAUAAACAGUAGUUGGACGAGCGAAAUAGGAAGUGUCGCUGGUAUUCUAGACAUAACUAAGGAUUGUAGACAUGGAAAAGUCCAAGCCAGGUGCCACGGAGGACUUAGCUACCCUGGCCAACCUGGAUGGCAAGGUGCUGCUGAAUGAACUCAAAGUCCGAUAUAUGGACAACAAUAUCUAUACGUAUGUUGGAGAUAUUCUUGUUGCAAUCAAUCCAUUUAGACCCCUCCACAUCUAUGGAGAACAAGAAACGCAGAAAUAUUUCAUGGAAAAGAAAAGUGCGCACCCCCCUCACAUAUUUGCUAUUGCUGACGCGACUUUCCAGUGUAUGUUGGGUUACGGAGGACGAAUUCCCCAAAACCAAUGUGUGCUCAUAAGUGGGGAGAGUGGAGCUGGCAAAACCGAAAGUACCAAGCUAAUAAUCAAACAGCUGAUAGAGCUGUGUCGCGGAAACACCCAGCUAGAGCAGCAGAUUCUACAGGUCAAUCCAUUAUUGGAGGCUUUUGGAAACGCUCGCACAGCCAUGAACGAUAACUCCAGCCGCUUUGGAAAAUACAUUCAACUCAUAUUCCGUGAUGGCCAUGUAAAUGGUGCCAAAAUCUCAGAAUACCUGUUGGAGAAAUCUCGAGUUGUCCACCAGAACAAGGAGGAGGAAAACUUUCACAUAUUUUACUACAUGUUUGGUGGAUUAUCUGCAGAGCAGAAGAAAGCAUACAACUUACUACCACCUGAUAAACAGAGGUACUUAACAAAUGGUGCUGAUUGCUUGAAACGAGAACCCAUGCACUACAGGAAGCAAUAUGAUGAGCUAGUGAAUGCUAUGGAUCUGGUGGGGUUUACAGAUGAGGAGGAGGAAAAUCUCUUCAGUAUUAUUGCAGGUGUCCUCCAUCUGGGAAAUGUGGUCUUUGACAUGGAUGAUGAUGAUGCAUCAUAUGUACAGGACAAAAAUGGACCCAUUAAAAUGGCUGCUAACGUCCUUGGCAUCGGUGGGGAUGAAUUGAUAGGAACUCUGACAAAUAUGGUGACUUUCACCAGGGGCGAGCAGGUUAAGCGACACUACACAAAAACAAUGGCCGAAGAUGCAAGAGAUGCCCUGAGCAAAGCCCUGUAUGGAAGACUAUUCGGGUGGAUUGUUAACAAAAUCAACCAACUUUUGGCCCCAAAGGAACAUUCUAAUGUUGAAGCAAGAGAAAUUGGUAUCCUAGAUAUAUUUGGAUUUGAACAUUUUGAGAAGAACAGCUUUGAGCAAGCGUGUAUAAACCUUGCUAACGAACAGCUGCAGUUCUUCUUUAAUCAGCAUGUGUUUAAAAUGGAGCAAGAUGAAUAUGUUAAAGAAGGUAUUGACUGGACAGAAAUCAAAUUUGUAGACAACCAACCGUUACUGGAUCUAUUUCUGAUCAAGCCUAUUGGAAUUCUGUCUCUGUUGGAUGAAGAAAGUCAUUUUCCUAAGGGUACAGACCAGUCUCUAGUGGAAAAAUUGAACAUCCACUUUGGUGGGAACAGUUAUUAUGGAAAAUCACCUCAUGGAAAAUCUAGCAAAUUCACCAUUAGCCAUUAUGCUGGAAAGGUAACUUACGAUGCUAACCGUUGGCUGGAGAAAAAUCGAGAUACACUUCCCCCAGGUGUAACAGAAAUGUUGCAGAGCAGUUCUAAUGAUCUCGUCAAGUUGAUAUUUAGGGGACAAAUCACAAGAACUGGUACCUUAGCCCUCCAGGCGAGGAAGUCGACGAGAACAACCAGGAGGAGCAAGAAGCCGCCUAAAACAGGUGGUCGUGAUGGAAGACAUAGGAAACUGACUGUUGGGGGUCAGUUUAAGACUUCCCUGAAUAUUUUGAUGGAGAGAAUGAUGUCAUCUUCCCCGGUAUUUGUACGGUGUCUGAAACCCAACCACCUAAAAGUCCCAGGAAAAUUUGAUGAAACCUACAUUCAUGACCAAUUGUUAUACACUGGUAUGUUGGAAACAAUCAAAAUCAGAAGAGAGGGGUUUGCUGUUAGGCCAUCCUUUGCUGAGUUUGUAGAAAAGUACAAAAUCAUAAAAUGUGAAGCUGCUUUACCAGGAACAAAGGAAAAUUGUGUUAAGAUUCUAAAGGCAAGCAAAAUAACUGGCUGGCAGAUAGGCAAAACAAAGGUUUUCAUGAAAUAUUAUCAUUUGGAACAAUUAUCUGAUGUUUUAAAGAAAAUGGGAUUUUCUGCCAUUAAAAUACAAAAAGUGGCAAGAGGAUUUCUCGGCCGCCAGGAGUACCGACGAAGACUGGUCCAUGCCAGAAGUGAAGCGGAGAGGUUUAAACAUCUGGCCGAUGAUAUCUUUAAUCUUAACAUCCAUCUUACUAACCAGCUGCAGAUAGCCAAACAAAAUGAUAUGAACAUUCCAUCCAGUUUCUUUGGAGUUUCUGAUGACGCAAACUCUCCCCCAGUACCUGAUUUUACCGAUGUCCAGUCGGUACAGAUGAGCACCAAAAGCUAUGAAACACCAACGCCGAAGAAGACCUUUCAUGAAAUGGGCACCCAGGCAGAAGGAAGUUCAUCCGAUUCCGAGUAUUCAGAAGAUGAGUUCAAACCCGUGUCCUCCCACAAUUUUGGUACUCCUGGGACUAAGCAGGCCACAGUGCGAUGGUUUAAGGAGACCCAGACUCAACAGGUCUAUGACCCUGUCAAUGUUAGCGGGAAUUUUAUCGCGGAGUGGUUCCAUGGUGUCAUAAGUCGCAGAGAGUCAGAAACCCUGUUAAAAACAAAACCAAAAGGUUGCUAUUUGAUUAGAGUCAGUGAAAGUAGAUUUGGUUACACACUGUCCUUCAGUGGAGGAGAUCGAACUCGGCAUUACAUGAUAGACCAGCUUCCAAACAAGAAAUACAUCAUUAUUGGGGAACCGAAAGUUCACAGGACUCUCAAAGACAUGGUGGAGUACCAUAAAAGUGUUAAGAUAUCCAACUGGAAUGGGUUUCUUGCAGAACCGUGUGGGCAGGAAGAGGGCAUUUGUGAUUACCAGGAAUUGGUUGGAGACAAUUUUUAUUUCCAGCUGGAGCAAAAGAAUCAGACAAAAUCUAGUCAACAAAUUCCAAGGAAUCCACAAAGACACCUGAACACCCAUUGAGUGUGAGUUUUUACGUCAGUGUCGUAUAUGUAUACCCAGAUAUAUCCAAAUGGCUUCGUAAAAAUACUUUUCCCCCAAAGUUCUGUACAAGCCCUGUACCACUGUAAAUUCUUUAUAUCACUAGACUAUUUAUUUCUGUGAUACCUUGAGUAUCUGCCCAAACAAUAACUACAACGUUAAGAAUAGUUUAUUUUAUCAAUUAAAGUAUCAAGGUAUUUACUAUAGUGAAUGAUGAAGGUGUGGCACACUGCAAAUCUACAUACGCUUUGUGGAAUUAUUAAAUAUAUCCAUUUUGGAACAGAAGAUGGGAGUGGUAUAUACAUACCAGAAAUGUUGUCUUUGAAAAGCGAUUUUAGAAAUCUUAAAACAUUUUGCAACGUUACGUUAGAAACUUUAAAGGAAGCAAUUUUUCAGAUACAUGAAUUUUAUAAAAUAUGCUUUAAUUGCUUGGUUCGUCAUCACAGAUGUGUCAUUUCCUUCUUGGCAUGUACUAUCCUUAUGCCCUCAUUUGUUUUUCUAUGUAUCUUAUAUUUGGUUGCAUUUAUGACCACAGCUUUAUGGUGUUUUUGAAUGUAUUGUGGGUAUACACGGAAAACGUGAAUACAAACUGAUGAUCUAAAUGUAUAUUUUGGAAACAAUAUUUUCUUUUAUUAGGGGUGAUUCGAUAUUUUUUUAUAUAUAUAUUUCUGUUUUUUCAGUAAAAACUUUUGUUUUGAACCAAACGUUUCGAAGUGUUUAACAUUGUUUUUCGUAAAUAAAAAAUCAGAUGAAAUUUCAUUAUGUGUGAUCAACUCCCAAGUAUUUCAUUCCAAAAUGGUUAUCUUUGAAAAUCGUCGCAAAGUGUGUUGGGGUAUACGUUGUACCCGUCACAUAAUUCUUUGAAUCGGCGCAUCGUGGAUUUUACAAUCGGACAUCAAAAGUAUUAAUGUUUCAUUUCGUUAAAGUUUUACCUAAAGUUAUUCAAAAUAUUAAAAAUUUAAAUAUAUAUUCCAAUAUAUUGGUGCUACGUAAAAAGAUAACCAUGGUAAAGUAUGUAUCGUUCGUCGCAGUAUUUUUAUUUGGGGUGUGUCGAGUUAAUGACCAACUUGAAAUGAAGACUUAUUUAAAGUAAACAAAAAAAAAAAUCCGGUGAUUAAUGAAUUGACAAUUAAUGAAUCCACUUCGCUGGGAUCUUAACAUUGAGCUAGUGAUUCUGAAAAGUAAUUGACGGUGUCCAAUUAUAGUGUAUAUAUUAAUAAAUUCUAGCUACUUUGAACAAUGAAAAAAUAUCUUAAUCUAAAAUCAUACACAUCUACCAAGUAAAGUUUUAAUUAUACUAAGUAUAAACUGAAAGAUCAAGUGGACAUUUCUGAUCACCAUUUGUCCGUUGUCUGUCUCUGCGUCCUUCCUUCAGUCAGUCUGUCCGUACAUUUGUCCGUUGUCUGUCUCUGCGUCCUUCCUUCAGUCUGUCUGUCCGUUCAAUCAAAGUUGGUACAUGUCAUCAUUGGAUGAAGGAGAUUCAAAGAACCAGAGCCACACAGUACUAAAAUUGACCCUUUCGCCAAAAUAAAUGAGACUUUCACAGUUGAUGUUCUAGGAUUUAUAGGUUAUAGAACAAUUUAUUUUACAAAUUUGUUCAAAUGAGGGACAUGUAGAAACUGUGCUCUGUUUUGUCACAUGUUUGUAGUAUUUAUGAAUCGGAAGUGUGGGGUUUUUACAGAUGUGUCGAAGUAGAAAAAGUACAUUUCAAUUUUUGUAAAUAUAUCCUUGGUGUCGGCAAGAAGACCUCUAACAACAUGGGUUAUUUUGAACUUGGGCAUUUGCCAUUGGUUACUACAAUGAAACUUAAAAUUUUCAAAUAUUGGUUCAAAUUAAGAACAACAGAAAAUUGUAAUCUCAAAUCUUGUUACGAAAAUUUAGUGGUACGAAAUGACAAAUGGAUUUUACAUAUUAAAAAUUAAUUGUCAUUACUUGGUUUAAACUAUAUAUGGUCAGAAAACCACGUAGACUUUAAAUAUCUUUCUGUUAUAAAGCAAAUACUUCUAAAUGUAUAUGAACAAAAUAUGUUUGAAAAUAUUGUUGGAUCUUCAAAAGGCUGCUUAUAUCAACACAUAAUCGAUAAUUUCUGUUUGCAAACAUAUUUAAAACACAUAGAUAACAAAUACAGAAGGGUGUUAAGUAAAUUUAGGUUGUCUAACCGUAUUUUGAAUAUUGAAUUAGAUAGACACUGCAACGGAAUCAAUCUAAUAGAUUGUGUACAUGUUGUGAUCUUUAUGAUAUUAAUGAAGAAUUUCAUUUCAUAUUGAAAUAUCCACUGUAUAACGAUUUGAGGGGGGGGGGGGGGGUUGAAAAAGUAUUCUAGACCAAUAUACUAUUAAGAAAAUGUCACAUUGAUGUUUAAUUUUUUACCUGUUUACUUUGUACGUUCACUCUCUUUCUCUCUCUGCAUUACCUUCAAUUAUCAUUGUGUUCAAUUGUUAAUCUUAUGAAUCAGUGGGCUCAAAGAAAUAAAGAUUAAAAAAUUGAAUUGACAUGUCCCCUUCAAAAGGGAGGGCAAAAGUAGGGUGGGGUCAUUUGAAAAUCUUCUGAAUAACCACUAGGUCAGGAAGUUAGAAUUUACAGGAAAGCUGCCUGACAUUGUGCAAUUCAUAUUUGUUCAAAUUAUAGCCCCCAUAGGUAGGGUGAGGCAACUAUAGGGAUCAACGUUUUACAUGAACAUGCAUAAGAAAAAUGUUUGUAAAAUCUUUUUCUCAAGAAUAAUCACUGGGUCAGUAAAUUUUGAAAGCUUAUUGAUAUAGAGUAUAUUAAAGUUUUUCAAACCAUGACCCCCGUGGGUAGGAUAGGGCCACAAAAGGGAAUUAAUUAUUUAGAUAUAUAUUUAUAUAUAAUCUCUAAAAAAAAAAAUCUUCUUCCCAAGAACUACUUGGAGAGUUGAAAUUUACAUGAAAUUUGCUGACAGAAUAAUAGAUUCAAGUUUUUUUCAAAUCAUGGUCCCCAAGGUAGAGUGGAACCACAAUAUGGGAUUUUUAAAAAUACAUUCAGAUAUAUAGAAGAAAUAGUUUAGAAUUUUCUUCUCAAGAACAGGACCAUGAGUAGUCAGGUUAAUAUGCAAUCAUACCUAGGUAGUGCAGAUUCAAGUUUGCUCAAACCGUGGCCUCCUAAAGCAGGGUGAGGUCACAAUAGGGUAACAACGUUUUACAGGGGAAUACACAAGGAACGUCUUUAAAAAUCUGUAUCUUAACAACAGCCAUGAUUAGUGAUAUUGAUAUGCAAGUAUCUUCAAGUAGUUCAGAUUCAAGUUUGUUCAAUUCAGGGGCCCCGAAGGUAGUGUUUACAAUACGAGAUCAAAGUUUUAUAUAGCAGUGUACAGGGAAUUAAUUUAACCAAAUUUCUUUCACCCUAAAUCAUAUCCAAGUACUAAUGUUCCCAAAUUGUGUACAUUCAAGUAUUUUGUCUUUUAUUCCCCUCGCGAAAAUAUUCUAAAGCAAUCAAUUUGUGGCCUUAUUUGUUCGCCAUCUUUUUGCUCUGGGUUUGUUUUGAUGAAUUUUUAUUUGUCAUCUUAUAGCGUAGCAUUAUUUAAGUUAUUUUGUCUUCUUUGGGGGAAAUCAGACUUUGAGUAAUUUAGCUUUGCAGGUACUUUCAUGUAGAAUGUAUUAUCUGAUUUCCCCCAAAAUCUUAUGUUGAAGAUUUCUUUCGUCAUUUGGUAUUGUAAUAAAUGACAAAUUUUCAAUCUC